AUGUCACUUGCCAAUCUGCUGGGAAAUAUUGCGUAUCAAGGAGAGAAGUUAGAGAAUUUCCUUGGGAACGACACGCCUUCUCUCUUCGAAACUGCUGCGUGGAAGUACGACGAUGAACUACUGCCACGUGAAGCAUGGGAAGCGUCCCAAAUGUUGAUAGCAGACUGCCAACAACUGAUAGCGCUUCUCAUGCCUAGAAAACUGAAGUUGAUGUACGAGAGCAUCUCAAACAAUGCGGCAGUGGCUUUGGCAGUUGCGUGUGAUCUAAAAGUUGCCGACAAGAUUGUGGAGAAUGGUGGAGAGAUGACAUUAACUCAGUUGGCCAGAGCCUGCGAAACUAAUGAGCAUAAACUUGGAUGUACCAUGCGAGUAUUGACUCAUCGCCAUGUCUUUACGGAAGUCGCACCUGAUGUGUUUCGAAACAACCGCCAUAGCACAGAACUGGUAUCUGGAAAUGGCGCGCGAGAAUGUUGUCUGCUCGAAACUCACGACGCAUAUAAAGCAGGGCCGGCCUGGCUUACCAUCAUGAAAGACCCAAAACGGGCGCACAGCAUUGACGCAAAGGACGGAGCGUUCGCUGAAGUUUUCGGCAAGAGUGUCCUCGAAUACAUUUUCACACCCGAAGGUGCCUCCUGUAUGACAAACAUGACUGUCGGAGUACCGUGGAUGUCGACCAUCACCGUAGCAGCCACACGUUCCGACUUACCGUGGGACAGCUACGGAUCGACAAUCUGUGACGUUGGCGCUGGUUUGGGUAGUGUGAUGCUAGAGGUCAAGAAGACGUUUCCGUCCUUGAACGUGAUAUGCCAAGAACUCGAGCACAUGAUUCCAGUCCUGAAGAAGACUUUUGAAGGCUAUGAAGAGGAAAUGGAACGAGGAGAAAUAAAGCUCGAGGUGCAUGACUAUUUCACUCCUCAAGAAACUGUCGCCGAGGUUUACUGGCUACGUGGCGUUAUACGAGAGUACGAGGACGAAAUCGCUGCCAAAGUAUUGGCAAAUCUGAAGCCUGCCCUGAAAAAGAACCCAAAAGCAAGAGUGUUUGUAAAUGAGCUUUUCAUUCCUCGGCUUAUUACGCCCAAAGCAGCGUCCAGCAGCACAGCCUCACAAAACAUGUCAAGACAACAAUCCGGAUGGCCUGUGAUCACACAGAUGCAGCAGCUCGGUGGCCAGCAACUCUUCAGUGGAAAGGAGCGAACACUGGAAGAGAUCAGGAAUAUUGGCGAGAUGGCGGGUUUGCGAUUUGUCAAAUAUCAUAGAUUCAGGAUGUUUACUGGAGUCGCCGAAUUCGAGCUCCCUUCGAGCUCGAAGUUGUGA